AUGCAAAAGCCGCUCUUCGACCUGUUCUCUUGGAGCUGUGGAAAUGUUUUCAGAAGCGUGACUUUGAUAAGGCCAUUGAGUUCUAUCAUCCACACGCAGUUCUUGUCGAAAGAGGGAAGAGGGGUACCUGGAAAUGCGUUUUCAGAGAUCAAAAGGCACCUGCUGGAGGAGUACGACAGGCAAAGAGGAGGAACUUCUAUGAAGUCUUGGAGUGAUGAGCACUAUCAAAUGACAGAGGACUACAUCAUUGUUGAUGGCCAUUACAAAACCGAAACUGAGAAAGUCGGAAACAUGGAUGGAGAGUUUCAUAUGAUAUGGAAGAAAUCAAAUGGCAAAUACCUGAUUAAACGUAAUGAAUAUGAUGAAGAAUAA